GAGGGGAGGGGAGGAAACGGGAAAUAUACAGCCAGAGAGAGAGGGAGAGAGAGAGAGAGAGAGACAGAGAGAGAGACAGAGAGAGAGACUGGAAGCAGCAGCAAAUGAGACAGAACAACGAGGCGGGAGAGGUAGAAAGAGAGACAGAGAGACAGAGAGAGAGAGGGAGGGAGGUGGAGAGGGGCCCCGUGUAGGAGAGAGGGCUAGAGGGUGAGGAAGAAGAAGAAGGAGAAGAGAAAAAGUUAUAAGAAGAGUAAAAGAGGGUCCAGGGAAGGGAAAGAACGGGCUGCUGAGAUUAACAACUACAGGAGAGCAGAAGGGGAAACAACAGACAGGAAGGAAGGGGAGGGAGGCAGAGAAAAGUCUCGGGCAGCGAAGGAAAAAAAGAGCUGAAGAAAAAGUUUUCUUGUGGGGAGACGCAGAUGAGGAAAACAGAGGGAGUGAAUGACUGGGCUGGAGAGAGCAGGGACAGGAGGAAACCAGUUCUUUUCUGAGGCGUUUUCAACACAAGCCUGUGGACUUCUUUGGACAUGUACACAGAAACAACGGGACACCAUCGAUUCCUUCAGCAUUUCAACACCUCCAUUCCCUGCUCCUGCCAGCACUGCGUCCACUAUGAGAAGCCGUACAGCCACCACGCUGGGCUUGGAUACCCACCAGGAAUGCCCAGACAGACGGACCACCCAUCUCUGGACUGCAGGAGAGACAUCCAGGCUCCUCGGGUUAAAGACGUAGGAGGGAGAGCUUUCCUGGUUGAGAGAAGCGGUCAUCGCAGCCCACAGAGGAGGCCUGUGUUUUCAGGGCAGAGCCCUCACAGCCAGUCAGGAGACGACUUAAGCCAAGUUCUCCCCUGGGAGUUGAACCCUGCCCAGCGGAGCUACCCACCGCCAGAGCCUGGGGUGAGACAUUACCCGUCUGUCAAAGAACAGUGUGGCUGUGUGGUGCGCAGCGACACUCGGACACACCCCUUUAACACUGGGAUACCACAUCCUCUCCCUCAUCUUCAGGUCAAAGGUCAAGGUUACAGGCACAGAAGGACUAUCCGGUAUGUCUCAGUGGAUGAGGAGCAGGAAGCUUGUGGAUGCACCUCUGAGAACUAUCAUUUGGAGGCACACAAUUACAAUGUGGGUCGUUCCUGCAUGCCAAAUGGUCACUGUGGACCAGGGUCUGUGUUCUUUGAGGGAGGGGAGGAAAGAGAUAGCCAUCAGGACCGGGGACAACUGAGGGGUGGAUCAGAGGAGGGUUGUAAUGGACGUGAAGGCUCUCACAAAGGGUUCUUCCCAACUGAAGUCCCACAGAAACAGUUAAAGCAGAGCAGACAGAAGGUGCCCUGCUUCCCUCCUUCCAGUAUCACCAUCCAGGACCCGUCAAAGUCGAGGACCAGUGACGAGCACCAGCAGCAGGGUUCGGAGGUGGUGAAGCAGAAGAGGAGGCAGGAUUUAGUGAGGGAUCAGAUCAGACAAGUGGUAACGAAUCUGGAGGAUGUGCUGGGGGGGUUGAAGCAAGUUCACGUGGAGAUGAAAGAGGUGGUCGAGCAGAUCGAUCGUCUCACAGCCAGUAUCGACCUCAAUGAGGAGACGGCCUGCAUCACUCAGGGGUCGUCCGCCAACUGUCACGGCUCAGUUCAUCCAGGUGAUCUCAAGGUAGCUCUGCUGCCCAAUCACAAACCUCCUCCUGUCCAAAUGUUGCAACAUGUCGAUGAGGAUCGCAUCAUCUUAAGAACUAACUCGCCCUCCCCUGUUCACAUGGCGUCCGUUGUCAAAACCAGCCGCUUCACCCCCCCCAGUCACACUAAGGACAUCAGCCAUGAGAGGCCAGGUGUGAACGGCCACCCGCCUCACCUGUGUCCUCCCAGAGACUCAAACAAUGUUGGACAAACUUAUCCUGAACCCCACCCCCCACACAGUCUGGACCCUAAAGUCAUAAUUGGGAACAGCACCUCUAAUUCACGAACUCAGAAGCCUCCUCUGUACCCUCAAAACGGGCGAUGUGGCAAAGGCCCGUACCCGCCUCCCAAACCUGUGAAGACCCCUUCCUAUCCAGGAGGGAGGGGCCGCCAGAGUGCCAGCAUUGUGUGAAGGAGGGAGGGGUGGUCUGCCCGGUGCCAUGGGGGCCUGAAACAUGAGACCCUGCUGCAGAGAGUGGAGGUCAGAGUGGGACCAGGCAGGGGAACAACUCAUGGAGGAGAUGAUGCCGCUGAGAGGAGCUGUCAGCCAGUGGAAGCAGAGCACGGCCUGAAGGUGGGGGUAUUUCCAAAGGGAAAACUCCCCCAAGAGUCGACCCAAUGCUGUAUGUCACAUGCGCACAGAAGCAUGGAGGAGUGGAAGACGAACCUCUCUGGAGAAUCUCUGCUUUUUUUUGCUGUUUCUGGUGAUGUAGUGUCAAGUACUAAACGGAUAAACUGUGAACUGCUACUCAACAUCCACCAGUAGAAACAUAAAGGUAUCUUUUCAUGACUGUGUUAACUUAUUUGUACUAUUUUUAUUGCAAAGAAAUCUAUUUUCAGGCAGCUUAAACCAGUUUGGAUACUACCUAACCUAAUGUAUGCGAUGUUGGGAUUUAUGCCAUCUGCAUUAUUGUAAAGAUAUUUUACAAAUAAAGAGUGUAGACUGUUUUCCUUUUUUUUUUUUUUUUUUACAUUAUGUAAGAAUAAUAAUCAGUACAGGGACAAAAAGUUGGAACAGAAGAGCUAAUUUUUUAUGCAAUGGAUAGAUUUUCCAGCACUUUUCCCACACAAGUAAAUCUAACAUCUCAAUAUUCGGACUCUUGAGAUGCAGAAUUGGCCGGAGAAGGUUCCACAUUUGAAUACAAAAUAAAGGACGGCAGUAUCGCAUGACUCCAGACUCUGGGAAAUGAUUAUGCAUUCACUUUAUCUGGAAGAUGUUUCCCAAAUGUUUGUUGAUGCUGUAGAAACACUUAUCUGGUAGAUCUGGGGAUGACAGCGUGUGAUCUCUCAUGGCCUUAUUCUGUCAGGGCGCUCGCUGUUUGGUCCCAGGCCCGUCGGGUCCAGCGUCAGCAUCUCUGUUUGUUUAAAUCUUGUCUGAGACUUUCCCCACUGUGCUCUCAACCUCCUGCUGCUGCUAUCAGAGCACACCGUUUCCGCUCCGACAACUAAUAUAAUUCAUCCCCCUCACCACACAUCCCUCUCUCUCUCUCUCUCUAUCCCUCCUCCUGUCCUUAUCACUGAUGGAGAGCUAUAGUGACAGAUGCAGGGUGACACAUACAAGCUGUUAACUGUCCCAUCGACUCAGUCGCUCACUGUCUGUCUGCAGCCUACAGCGGUUAUGAGUAAUUGUGAGGUAAUGGUGAGUGAAAGGUGAAGUUGUGAAGAGAUGAUGAGCUGUUAAAUAUCGAGUAGUUCAAGAGGCCAUUUUCACUUGUCAAGAACAUUAUCCCGCUUGUUUGGCCCCUUAAGCAUCCUGCUGCAUCAUGUUUUCAAUCGACUGAGGCUGCAACUGGAGAUGAUCUAAAUUAUUAAGUGAUCUGCCUAUUACCUAAUGUAUCACCAUCAUAUACAGCAGUGUCUUAUAUGUUAGAGAAAUGUGACUUUUGAAAUUUUGAAAAUUGAGUUCCCAAAGGUUGACAUGACACCAAACAUCUAUCUUGCUCUGAUGAGGGAUGUGCACUUUCAGAUUACUUAAUGAUUAAACAUCGUCACUCUCGCUUGUCGACCUAAGAUUCCCUCAUCAGUUGAACGAUCCAUUGUGUUGAAAAUUGUAGGUUUGAAAUGCAGGUUGUGUUGUGUCUAAGCUGAAGUGCAGCCAUCUGCCUCUAUUCAGUUUUAGCUUUAGCUUAGCUACUGCAAUAUUUCUAUAAAACUCUACUACCCGGAUGUAAACCAAGCGGCAACCUCCAGUCUCAAACUAUGAAGCCCAUGCGGAAGUGUUAUAAGCUGCAAUUCAUCGAGAAUCCUCUUGUGGCUGACCGCAGAAACACCGGAAACCACAUAGACACCAAUUCAAAAAAGACGAUCUUUGCAGCAUUAAUAAACAUGUUUACAGCCUGGUUCAAAAAACAGCUUGGCUCUACGUAGCUAAUUUCUCUAUCAGCACACACUGUACGGGGGGUGAAUUUUUUUCUAACGCGACGGUUCAGAAGAUAUUAAGAUUACGAGUUUUGCACAAAUAAGGACAUGACUGACUUGACUCCCGGACGGGCUCACAUAGCUGUUGGCUAGGAGGCUCAAACCCCACCUCUUUACGUCACACUCUGCCUGGUUGAGGUCUGCAUUUCAUAUAUGGCUGCCGCUGUCCAUUGGCUUCAAAACAGCUCUCAGGAACAGAUGGUUGACGUCACGGAUACUAUGUCCAUUAUUUAUACAGUCUAUGGUGUAAACAGGCACUGAUACAUCUCAUAGCUUGGCCCGAUUUGGCAGUAUUUGAUGUUGUAUGUGGGCUGUGUCUGGUUAAACUGACAUAUAACUACUCGACCACAGCAAUGUGUAACCAGCACAGAGGACUGAAGGCUGGUGGCGCUAGCUCUGCUAAUGUAAGCCCCAGUCAGUAAACCAAUUUCACAUCAUUUACCUGCUAACUCUGUGACCCUGUGUUUAGCAAUGUUAAAUAAAAUUGUGCUCAAGUUGAA